UACUGCAAGUAAAUGCUUGGCGGUCUUUUUCUCUGGGCCUAAUAUUGAUAUUUGUUCUUUUGCCUACGUCUGGUUACAAUAUUUCGUUUUGUUUUGCAAAGGUGGAGAAAUUAGCAAGUCUUUCACUUAUAGUGGAAUCAACAUACAUAAAGAAGGAGCAUGCUUAAUCUGAAAUUUGAAUUCCUUGCUGUUGUUCAAUAAAAAGAGGCCUAAAAUUCCCUGGUCAUAACAACCAAAUCAAGAAUGUUAUCACGGAACUGAUCUGUUAUUGUACAGUCGAAAUGAUUUCAUUGCAGAAGAGCUCAAGUGAAGAAAACAGUCCUACAAGGAUUUUACUGAAAUUGUGUGAACACAUUUUAAGCAAGGGAGGAAGGCAAAAAAUAGGCGAAGAUUUGGUGGCAAGACAGUUCCAGUAUGCCUUAAAAGUUGUUGGAAGCUAUUUUGAUCCAUCUGUAACAUCCGAUGAGUUUCAACUUGCGGAGCAGAUCAAGAAAAAAUUUGCAAGAAGGAAGAGAGAAAGUGAUGCAGCUAUAUUUUCAAAACUGUUCCAAAAGCUACAAUCAAAGACACUGCUUCAAAACAAAUGGGGAGCAAUCUAUCUAUUGGAUUCGCUAAGCAAUUUGAAUUCGAGAGGCGGUAGUGAACAGAAUGCCUUUUACGCAAACGGACUACCUACACUUGCAUCGACACCGCUUACCAAUGUCCUACCCAUCAGAGGCAUUCCCAAUGCAUCUUCAGUGCACGGUGCCAGUGGAAGCAGCGGCAUUGGCAGCAAAGCGUCCGAUUCCCUGUCACUUUCUUAUGACCCAACGCCCAAUGCAUCAUCAUUUGUUCCACGCCAAGAAGGCAGCAACUCAAGAUUAGUUGAUGGUAGGCCUCCAAAGCCAGAGAAACGCCUUUCGGCGGUGGCAGCUCUUGCUGCACAGUCAUUGAAUAUUGCUAAAGGUGUGGAACCAGAUGCUGCUUCGAAAUCCAUUGUCCCAUUCCCACGAAGAAGUGGCUCAUUGAUGCUGAAGGCCGCUGCCGAAGACAGAGUCGAUGGGUCGAAAUUUGAGGUUACCGAACAAUCCCUCCUUAGGGAUAUAUUGUAUGUGUUUCAAGGCAUCGAGGGAAAGAUGAUUCGCUACGAGGAUGAAAAUGACGGCUAUAGAAUAAACCCAACAAUUGGCGUGCCCUUCCCCAUUCGCGAUUUUAUUGAUAAACUAAACGAGUUAGGCUGGCUUUACCGCAAAGUCAAGAAGUUCUUAGAUGCAAGGGUAGGGGAAAAAGCGUUAGGACUUGUAGGUCAGAGCUUUUGUGCUGCGGUACAUAAAGAACUUGCUGAAUAUUACAGGCUGCUUGCCGUUUUGGAAGCACAGCAAAAUCAACUGUCUGGAGAUGGAGGUAUGGAGGGACUAACCCUCAGACGGCUGAUGGUGUGGACCAAUGACCCUUUGAUCAGAAUGAAGGCACUGGCAACUCUUGUUGACUCGUGCAAAGGCAAAAAGGGAGGCGCUUUGCUAUCAGCGAUUCAUUCGAACACGAAAGUUGGUGAUCCAUAUGUCAGAAAUCUGAUGAAAAACAUUCUUGAUGUCGUUUCCCAUCCUAUAAAAAGAAUCCUGGAAAGGUGGAUUUACGAAGGAGAACUGCAAGAUUCCUACCAUGAGUUUUUCGUGGCUGCAGACCCUGCUGUCCGAAAUGAGAGACUAUGGCAUGAGAAGUACAGCUUACGAAAGCUGAUGAUACCGUCCUUCAUACCUCGGAACCUAGCAACCAAGAUUCUUAACAUUGGCAAAUCAAUAAACUUCUUACGGGUCGUUUGCAAAGACAGAGGUCCCAUUGGAGACCAGGCCCUUAUCAAUUCUGGAAAAGAUUCAGGCUUUUCCCAAGAUCUUCAAGAAUUCACUCGAUCUGCGCUUGAAGAAAUCAUAGACGUUGUGUACAAAAAGACGAGUAAACGACUCCUCGAAGUUCUCUUCAACAAAUAUCAAUUUCUUGAUCAUCUCCAGGCGAUGCGUCGAUAUCUUCUUCUUGGGCAAGGUGAUUUUAUCCGUCAUCUUAUGGACUUGCUCCAGUCUGACUUGGCAAAGCCCGCAAAUUCUUUGUACAUGUACAAUUUGACUGGUGUUCUUGAGGCAGCAAUACGGGCGACAAAUGCCCAAUAUGAUGAUCCAGAUAUUCUUAAGCGGCUGGACUGCAGACUCUUUGAGAUUUCACCUGGCGACUGCGGAUGGGAUGUUUUCAGUUUAGACUACCACGUGGAUGGACCGAUCAGCACAGUUUUCACCCCGGAUUGUAUGCUGUUCUAUCUAAGAAUUUUCAACUUCUUGUGGAGGGCAAAGCGUAUCGAGUAUUGUUUGACAGAAAUUUGGAAGAAUCAGAUGACUUGUAACAAACUGCUGCGUGGCAUUCCAGAAAUCGAGCCAUUGUUGCACCAGAGCAACUGCUUGGAAGCUGAGAUGGUCCACUUCAUCCACCAAAUGCAAUACUACAUAACAUUUGAGGUUCUUGAGUGCUGCUGGGAAGAGCUGCUUCGCAACGUCAAAGAAGCAACUGACUUAGAUCACGUGAUCGCUGCCCAUGAAACAUUUUUGGACCAGGUUAUGACUAGAUCUCUCCUUGACAACGAGUCUAGGGGUAUGCUGACGCAAUUAAGAGCGAUCUUCGAUUUGAUUGUCCAGUUUCAAAACACGCAAGAAAUGAUGUACAACACUGCACUAGAAGAACUUAGAGCAAGGCAGAGAUUAGAAGAGCUUAUCAAAUCAAGAACGGGCAAAGGAGCGUGGGGAAUGACGGAGACCGACACAGAAGAAGAAAUGAAAAGAACAGAAGAAUUUCAACAGAAGUUCAUCCCAGGGACCAGAGCUCAGCUACGUGUAUUGCAUCAUUCGUACCAGGACAUGCUGCGACAGUUUUUGGUGAUGCUUAAGAGCCAUUCUGACGUCAGCCUACAAUUCCUCUGCUUUCGACUUGACUUCAACGAACAUUACAAAAGCAAGGAGCCAAAGUUGAGGACCCCGAUGCCAAGACACAGUCAGCGCUAUAAUUUGACCUCAGAAAUGAUCCCUUCACUCGAUCUUAAACUAUAGCCACCUUUUCUAGAAAACCGGUGUGCAUUUGGUAGCCAUAGAACGACUGGUGCUAUAUGGUUUGGAUGGGAUACAGUUUGCCGUACACUCGGUAAAACGUAUGAUCAAGCCCGUCAAAGGCAUUGAAAGUCAACUCUUAGUUUAGAAAAUGACAUUUCGACAUUUGUAAUACUGUAAUGUUCACUAUGUUUUUUCACUGAGAGAUUUUUUGAAUUUCCUACUCGUAUAUUGGGGCUAUUUUGUGUUGUAGCACUAGGUGUUUAUGUAUUUCUAAUUUGAUACACAAUCCCGACCUCUCUUUCA